AUGUCCCGGGCGCCCCUCCUGCUGCUGUGUGUGGCCCUGGUGCUCUCUGGACAUGUGCGAGGAACCGUGCCAAGAACAGAAGCCACGUGGAAGCCACUCAGCAACCCCAGAAACCGUGACCUGUUUUUCAGGAGGCUUCAGGCAUAUUUUCAGAGCAGAGGUCUUGAUCUUGGGAAAUUUCCAAAUACUUUCUCCAUAAACGAGAAUCCCAGGCCGCUGUCUUUCCAGGCUGGGUUUCUUGCUUCUGCCUUUGCGGACUACAAAGGACAGAGAAGCUCCCUUCCCAGCGACCAUAGAGCGGGCAUGGCGGGCUUGAGCCCCGAGCUCAUCGACUACCUGGAAGAAAAGAUACCGUUUGAGGAGUUCGAGCGGCGCAGGGAAGAGCGGGAGAAGGUGGGAGACGCCGGGCCGCGCCCACCCCGGCGGGCUCGGGGGGCGUGUGGGGUUCCGGAGCCGCGCACUCCCUCCCGCGCGCGGUCUCCGUACCGCAUCGCGGUGCCCUAG